AUGGAGUUCCUGCACGGGCAGAGGCUGGAGACCGCGGUGGCCGUCGUCGCCGUCGCCGCCGUCGCCGCCUACCUCUUCAUCCGCAGUAGGAAGCCCAGGGCUCAUUUGUGUUGGUUGUGCUGUGAUCUGUUCUAUAGGCUGCCUGGACCCCAGAAUUUCAAGGAGUUUAAACUUGUUGAGAAGAGGCAGCUGAGUCAUAAUGUUGCCAAGUUCAAGUUUGCGCUCCCAACACCUACUUCUGCAUUGGGUCUUCCAAUCGGACAACAUAUAAGCUGCAGAGGACAGGAUGCUGCUGGCGAGGAAGUGAUCAAGCCUUAUACUCCAACUACUCUGGACUCUGAUCUUGGAUCCUUUGAGCUUGUUAUAAAGAUGUAUCCCCAAGGAAGAAUGUCCCAUCAUUUCCGUGAGAUGAAAGUUGGUGAUUAUCUGUCUGUGAAGGGACCUAAGGGCCGUUUCAAGUACCUACCUGGACAAGUGAGAGCAUUUGGAAUGAUAGCUGGAGGAUCAGGCAUUACUCCAAUGUUCCAAGUCACAAGGGCAAUUCUUGAGAACCCAAAAGACAAUACAAAAGUACACUUAAUCUAUGCAAAUGUCACUUAUGAGGAUAUUCUUCUGAAGGAAGAGCUUGACAGUAUGGCCAAAAACUAUCCCGAUCGCUUCAAGAUCUACUAUGUCUUGAAUCAGCCUCCUGAAGUCUGGGACAGUGGUGUCGGGUUCGUGUCAAAGGAAAUGAUCCAAACUCAUUGCCCAGAGCCUGCUGCUGACAUUCAGAGCUAUGGACGCGUGCGCAUACAUACGGGUAGGCUUGAGCAGGUGGUGUGUUGGUUGCAGCUCCUGCCCUAUGAGGCCGAAAGACGAACAGCACAGCGAUGUCAAGCCGCUCGUUUACGCGCCAGGUACAGGCCAGUGACACCAAGGCGUCCGUCGUCUUCUUCUGAGCUCCUGCUACAUGGUUCAUGGCGUGUCCGUACAUGUACGUGCGAUAGCUUCGUGCUCAGGGAAAGCCAUUUUAGUAAUGCUCGAGCAGUCUGA